ACACGUUACAAUGCGACUGAAACGAACGGUAAUAAUUGACGUUUUGUACGUGAUUGCCGGCUACGUCAUCGGAAGAGUUUUUAUGUGGGGAUUAUUGAAAUUCCUGCCGUAUCAUUGGGAUGGCACUGUCGAACUGGAUUACGUUCAUCCAUUAGUGAUGGAUGGCUUGGAUGAUUAUUCACGAGCAUAUGACAUCAAGAAACGCGUUCGGAUUCUGUGCUGGGCCAUUGUCGAUGAUGCUGACGAUAUGCGAGAAAAUUUCCGACAUGCGGCCGUUACUUGGGCACAAAAGUGCACGGAAACCAUUUAUUUGAGUGUUGAUGACCUCGAUUCGCAUCCAGAAAUUGGAGGAAAUGAAGAUAAAAUUUUAAAAGGAUUGCAUUUGCUCAGUGCAAGGAAGGAUUUGCGACAAUUUGAUUGGAUUUUAAAAUUUUAUGCAAAUGUUUAUGUUGUAAUGGAAAACUUGCGUCAUUCACUUCUGCCAUUCACAGCAACAAGUGCAAUUCCUUUCGUUCACGCCACUUAUGCAGCAAAAAUGUCAACGACACAAAAACCAAUUUUAAUAUUUAACGUUGCGGCCGUCGAUCGACUGCUGGGAAAUUAUGCACCCUGUCAAACGACAAAUUACCCUUUUGACAUGGAAAAUUGUUUGGCAUUCAAUAACGUGACAUCAAUCACAUUUAAUAACGUGUCCAAUUAUGCAGAUAACGGACGCUUUAAAGAAGUAAAACAUUGUUGUCAACACGAGACACUUUAUUUUUAUAAUGUCAAGCCGUAUGACCUGUACGUGUUCGAGUAUUUUCUAUAUGGGGCACGAGUUGUAGGAAAUUCUCCCGAUUUUAGGUGACGAUCGGGAAAUUGAUGGUGUUCGGGUGACAAAUGAUGAUGGAUUAACGUUUUUUUUUCGUUAAAAGAAAAUUUUUAUUUUUUUUUUUGUUAAGUAAACUAUUCGUAAAGCA